UGCGGUGGCAUUUCAUUUCAGUUUGAACCGUCGUAACGCGCGCGCGUGUGUGUCCGCCUCUCUCGGUCCGUCUGUGCCCGGAGAGUUUCUGUGUGGCAGCCGAUCGCGGCUUCCGGCGGCGUUUUGUUAUCCAAGACGGCAGCGUGUGUGUGUGCGUGUGUGUGGGGUGACUGCGUGUACAGGUUUUACAACACCUUAAACGGAUCAAAACCUGCCCCCGGUACAUACUGCGUGACAAACACACGCACGAAAAAAAGGCACAGUUUUGUGUGCCAGUUGGGCCCAUUUGACACACGGACGUCGUACGUUUUGUCCCAAGGUUUCCCUGGGUUACCUCUCACAGGAGCUGUGCACGCGUGUGUUUCUGUGUCUGCUGCGUGUGCGCGUGUGUGUGUGUGCGUUUGUUACAUGAUGGAGAAGGAUUCAAACGAUUACGGUGCACACCUUGCUCCAGUGCCGUGAAAAGUGCCCUGUGUUUGAUCCCCCCCCCGUACCCCCAGUUUGUGGUUUAUUUUCACAUCGCCUUUUGGGUGCUGAAGUGUCUACUGGCGUGUACAAAAAACCGGACACACGCAGUGUGCGGUGUGUGCGUGUGUGCGCUUCCGCUGCGUGGUGUGUGGUGGUACCUGUGGCGUGCGCACGCGGGGCAGUAGGAAAGGAGCAACCUGCCCGACUGUGUGUGUGUGUCUCUGCCUGUGCGUGUGCGGCGAACGCGAAAACGGCCUGUGUGUGUGCGUGCGCGUGUGUGUACGGUUGUGCACGGUGUGCGUUUUUGCGAAAAGUUUUGGAAGUAAAACGUGGCCAACAGACACACACACACGCACGGUGGCCCCCAGAGAACGGAGGUGGCCGGGAGGUAAACGCACGCAUUGCAACCCCCGAGGUGGUGGUGUCCUCCACACAGUGCCAUCGCCGCCGCUGGCUCCGCCAAAACGCAUCACGCUUUUAUUGAAGCGAAAUAACAUAUCGCAGCACCAAGUGUAAUACCAACCAAACCAACCACCACCGCUGCUGCAAUGUGACGGAAUUUGAAGCCCUUCUUGUAUCGGAUGUCCCCGGAAAGGACACUUGAUGAAGACAGCAGCAGCAGCAGCAGCAACAGCAACGACAGUACCAGUGUCCAUCAUCUAAUUGCGGAAGAAUCGAUCGAGGAAGAGCUGCUGGAGGAGGAAACGCUGCUCGAGCCGGCGGAAACGAUCGUCGGAGAUCACGUGACGGUCGAGACGUCGUCGCCGGUGCCAAGCCCCGGCGCGGAAACGACACUGUCCGCCUGCCCGCUCGGUGGCGCUGGUAUGACCGAGGGUCCCGCCGCCAGCAAGGCAACCACCGGCACCAGCAUGGUACUGUCCGCGAUCCCCCUGGACCAGUCCAUCAUGCAUCAGCAAAUUCUGCACCUGCACCAGCAGCAGCAGCAGCAACACAGCGUGAACCAUACGAUCAACAACAAUAAUACGAGCUUCAAAAAUCACAACAGUAGCCACGCAGGGAAAAACAUCCUGCUCGGCAACAACAACAACAACAGCGGCAGUGGCACAGUUACACACCAAAUUGUGCAUCCACACCACCACCACCACCAGCAGCAGUCGCAGCACCACCAAACGUACACCAUCAGUCUGGGCAGCAGCAGCGCUGGUAACGGCACCAACCACUACCAAACGGUUACCACGGUAACGUCGAACGGUGCUCCGGUCGUCAACACCACCACCGGAAGCAGCAGCAGCAGCAGCAAUAUGGCGUCCGACCGCAGUGGAACGGCCGGUGCACUCGCACUAGUGACCGGAGGGGCCGCCACCACCGUGGUCAAUGCAGCCGUGCCAUCGUCACCGUCCUCGUCCUCAUCCUCCUCCUCCUCUCCGGCAUCGCUCGGUGCUCCUACCAACAGCAGCGCCGGUGGUGGUAUGCUGGUGGUGACGGAUCGCAACGGAACCGCCACCACGACGACCACGGGCAAGCUGGUGCUGCUGCAUCAGGGGCGCGCGGGCGAAGAUUAUAUAACAACGACGGGCGAAACGAUCAACGGCGGUAACAUCGUGCUGCUGGCAACGGAGCAGAUGGACAUGGCCGAGCACGACAUCAUUAACAACAACGUUAUCAUCAGCACGGCGGGUGGCACGACGCGCACCGUCGCGCUGCCCGCUCAUCCCGCCCAUGCGCACGGUGGUUCGCCCGCCGGUUCCGGGCCGCCCGGGAACGGUGACGAGGAGCUCACGUCGUUGUCCUGGUUGCAGGAUAAGAAUUUACUAAAAGGUAUCAACCUGUCCAAAGUGCCAGUCUCAUCGCCCGACAGUCCUAGGCAGGGUGGCGGUACUGCCGCUGCUGGUGGCGUUGCCGGUGGCCGCAUCUCGCCGACCAGUGACUUUGUGGAGGAUUCGUCCAGCAUUUCCGAGGACAACAACUCGUCGGCCAACUCAUCGUCGGCGGAGCAGAGCACGGGCAGCAGCGUCGGUGCGCCCGCUUACUCGACCGAACCGGCGCCGCCGGGUACGCCCGACCGUCGUACGCCCUCGCAGCAUCUGUACCAGCACGGGGCCGGCACGGCGAAGGCAAUCACCACGCUGAACGGGGACACGAUCAUUGGCAUUCCGGUCAUAGCGGUCAAUCAGCAUCACCAUCACGCGCUCGCCGGAAGCAAUGGUAGCGGCAGCAGCACCGUCCAGCAGCAGCAGCAGCUCAUUCUGGAUGGUGGCAAAACGAUGAAGGUGUCGGUGAUGACCAGCCCGUCCCCGGCAGCAGCGUCACCGUUCAUUGUGGCCGGGUCCGCAGCAGCAAGCACGGUACCGUCGGCGUACGGAAUCGUUUCCUCGCCCGUCAGCUCCUCGGUGGCGGCAGCUCCCGUGGCCGCUUCGACACCGCUCAGCGCGAAUUCCAACAGUACCGCUAAUAGCAGCGGUACCACCACGAACAGCACCACCAGCAGCACUACCACCCCGCAUCAACACUUCCACAAAAAGUAUUUGCGCGAGGAGCUGGUGAAACAGCAGCAACAGCAGCAGCAGCAGCAGCAGCAGCAACAGCAACAGCAACAGCAGCAGCAGCAACCACAACAGCAUCAACCAAAUCCAAAAACCGCCACCAUCGGUGGCACAGUCACGCUUAUGUCAACCGGUGGCACUAGCAGCAACAUCUUCGUCACACCGAUGAAACAACUAACAAGCAGGUACGGCAGUGCUGUGAAGUACGAGGAUGACGUGAUCGAGGAUCGUCACUAUCCACCGCCGGCAGCGCCGGUCAAGAACGGCAGCAGCAGUUACGGUGGCAGCAGCAGCACCAUGAGCUCGCCGAAUGUCAGCGGCGAGGAGUACGGCAACAGCGUCGGCAACACCGUGACCGUGUACGGUGGUCUCAACAUGAUCAAACCAUCGCCCGUGUCGUCGCCGACGAUGCUGUCGCCAGCGCACAACGGUAGCACGGGCAACGGUUUAAUUAUCCAGCAUCAUCCAAGUCAUUACCAGUCGCAGCAGCAGCAGCAGCAGCCGAUUGCGACACCUCCACCACAGCAGCAGCAGCAACCGUUACCGCCACCGUCCACCAGCUCGCUGUCCAUGCCGGCAUCGCCACAAUCGAGCAGUGCCGUCAGCCCGUCGAAGUUACCUCCGCCGAAGGCAAAGCAUCCGACCAACGUGCCAUACGAUCCGCUUGUACACGUCAACAGCAAGCCACCGUUCAGCUUUAGCUCGCUCAUCUUUAUGGCCAUCGAAAACUCGCAGCAGAAGGCGCUGCCGGUGAAGGAGAUCUACGCCUGGAUCGUGCAUCAGUUCCCGUACUUUAAAACCGCCCCGACCGGCUGGAAGAACAGCGUGCGCCACAAUCUGUCGCUCAACAAGUGCUUCCAGAAGGUGGAAAAGGCUGCGAAUCUCGGCAAAGGCUCGCUGUGGAUGGUGGAGCCGCAGUACCGGCCGAACCUGGUGCAGGCACUGUCGCGCUCGCCGUUCCACGCCGGUUCCGGCAUCGACAAGGCAACGUACAAGAGCAUGCAGCAGCAACGCUCCACCAAUGCCAGCCCGACCGGCAAUGGGUCACACUAUUCCAAGCAGGACAACUUUCCUCAGCUGACGAGCCGGCUGGCGCCGGCCGAUGCACAAAACGGUCUGCUGCAUCAGGACGAUCUGGACGACAUUAGCCGCUCCUCGACACCGAUCGACUACGACGGUGGUGCCAGUGGUGAUCUGGCCCCCGGUGUCGGCGGACCGCCACAUCACAGCCCGUAUCUGCCCCAGCAUCAUCACAUAGCGCACGAGCAGCAGCACCAGCACCCGCUGCCGGCCGUGCAUCACGCUCACCAGCAGCUGAUUGCCGUGGCGGGCGGUGGCUUCCAUCGGCACAGCAACGGUUCACCCGAACCGCCCAUGAAUGGGGCGGCGAACGGCGCUACCGGGACCACCACCGCCACCACCACCUACCUGACGACCGCCGACGGUACGACGAUCGUGUCCUGUCCGGGCGGUGUAGUGUACAUGAAUGGGGGCAGUGUGGGUGGCGCCGCCAGCCUGCCGAAGGAGCUGGUGGCGGGGCGCGAAUGGAGCGCCGACACGAUAGAGGAUGUGAACGCCGCCACCGCAAUGCUGGCGCUCAAGCAUGGACCUAAGAUUUUCACCGAAAGCUCGUUCCGCAAUGGCAACCCACCGGUCAUUACCACCUCCCCGAGCGAGGACCACACGUACUCGGCCGGCGGUGUCGGCGUGCAGGAGCAGCUGGCGGUCGCCAAUGGAGCGGCUGCAAAUGGCGGCACUACCGCGGUGGUAGCGAAUGGAUUGAGCUGCUGCUCGUCGUCGGACGAACGGUACGAGCCGCCGCAGCACAGCAAGCACCACCACCACCACCACAACCAUCACCAGCCAGCACCGCAACAUCACACGGCGAUCCAUCAUGCGCACCAGCCACAGCAGCAUUCGAUCCGGCACAGUGACAACGUCAGCAAUGGCACCUCCUCGGACGCUACGUACGAAAGCAGUGAGGAAAGCCAUCCCGCUCAUGUCGCCUCCGCCGAAGACGUUGAGGAACGCCGCCGCCAGGAAGGUGUGUUCGCGCUGCUCAACCUCGCCCAGAUGACCUACUCGCCCGCCUCGUCCAUGUCCUCGUCCACGUCCACGCUGUCGUCGCCCGCCUCGUCGACGGGUUCGCUGAAGCGUGCCGCACCGGCCAACGGUUCCUCCGACGCGCCGUACGCGCCGCUCCACAACAGCCGGUGGACCGGUUCGCCCGAUCGCGUCCGAACGGGCUCGCCACAGCUCCCGCCGGCCCACCAACAUCACCAGCAUCUGCACCAUCACCUGCAAGCGAACGGGCAUACUAUGCAUGCCGACCAGCAGCAGCAGCAGGGUGUAAACACUCCUGCCGGCGGCAACAUUCUGCAAACGAUGCCGAUCGUUUCGUACUACGGCGGUGGUGGUGGCGGUGGCAGCAGCAGCAGCAGCACCAGCAGUGUCGAUCUAGCCCGCCAGUACGCUUCGCCGCCACCGGCAAAGAAAACCAAACCACGCUCAUCGCUCAAGAAGCUGAAGAAAAAGUCGCUCGGCCGGUAAUGCACUGGGUCGCGCCACCGUUGGCAUCGGCCGCAUCGCUGCUGCGGUACCGUCCCGAUCUGGAACGACUGACAACACACAAACACAUACACAUCCGCACCGCUCGCACGCAUCAUCGCGGUGGGCGGACCCUCUAGAUUCAUCACUGGACGCGCGCACUAUAUUGUUACUAUUGUUGCUGCUCUUACCGAAGCACACUACUGUUGAAUUCACGUUAAUAUUUUAAAAAGCGAAACUCUCAUCCCCGCGAAAGUAUGGGAGCUGGCGGGGGGGGGGGGGGG